AUGAAUUUUAUUGACAUCAUUAUUGGCUACACUGGCUGGGCUAUCAUGAUCCUCUGCAGCGGGUAUUGUGUUGGGAGUCAUAUAUACGCUGCAUUAUACGAAACAACGGAACGCAGCAGAUCACCGCAACCUAUCAUCAUCUCAUCAGUGUCCUUCUUCUUCGUUGUCUUCGGCUUUGUAUCAUCUUUUUUCAGCAAGGGCUUUAAGCCAGGCUCCUGUGAAUCCCCUAACAAAUGGGCCACUGUCAUAAUUGUGGCGCUUCAGUGUGCGCACCAGACCCUAUGCCUAUACGAUUGUGACCGCCAAAUGAACCUCUCCGGUCGGGAGUGUUCGAUUUCCGGUUGGAAGCGUUUGAGUUAUUACAUCACAAAGUUUUUACGGUUGGGUUCACCGAUAUGGCUGGUUGGAGUAAUUCUAACCUUUGUAUUUGAAUUAUAUAUCUCUCAUUUUGCGUGGAUUUUGAGAUGUAUCACGGCAUCAAUGUGGACACUGAAAGCCGCGAAUCAUGUUGACCGCAGCUCGCGGCUCAUUAAGUACGAGCUUGACAUUUGGCGUACUCAGCUAGAAGCUAUCGUGGGAUUUCAGAGGCACGGAGAUGCCACGCCACCAUCCCACACACCUUAA